UGUCCUGACUCGGGGCUCGGCCACUGAGCGGUAGCGAUGAGGUGUCCGUCCUGUGGCUCCUGGGGGCCCCUACUCCCGCCCGCUGCCGUCUGAUGUCUCCUGAUGCUGUGCCCAAUGACACCACAGGUGGGUGAGGGGCGUACAUGGUGUACAGGGACCGUCCAUACUGAUUGGAGAAUGUAGACAGGUUUCAGCUGCUGCCUUUGAUGUCAGAUGCCCCCUGCUGCCAUGGAGGAAACCACAAAACCAGAGGAGGCCACUGUCUGUUUUUCAGUAGAAGAACUCGACUCCUUAGAAGACCGUGAAAAGGAACGUCAUAAGGACGCAGAGACGAAGAUUCAUCAGCGCCCAAACUUAGUGGGUUACCUGUAUGUGAAACCAGAGACGGUUCCCAAAAUUCAUCGGGGAGAGGAGCUGUGUGUGAGCAGCGACCUGUACACGCCAAGGAGGAAAAGGAACGCCCGACCCUCCUCAGGGGAGCCCUCAGAUGGGCGCCAUUAUCCAGGCCAGUCCAAUUUGGAUACACAGAGACCUUCAUCAAGAGCCAGGAGGAAACAGGACAGAUCUACAACCGGCACACCGGAGGAGUCAGUGUCUGGUGAAAGAGAAAGCCCAAUAAAUAUGGAAGACGUACCAACCAAUGAGGAGCAGGAUGACAGCCAGAGAGACCAAACACCCAAAGUAUACACAUGUAGUGAAUGCGGGGACUGUUUUGAGGAGCGCACAGCAUUUCUUGUGCACAAAGCAGUCCACGCCGAGGAAAGAAACUCAUCGAAACACGAUAGGACGCCUACUAGACAUCACGGAGUCCAUGAAGGUGAACACGCCGGCAGCCGUCUCAGGCAUAGGAAGCAUGUAACAUACAAUCCAGACAAAAUCAUGGCGAAAAGGACUCAGACGGAGCCAAAAGCUUACAUAUGUAAGGAGUGCGGCAAGAGUUUUACCCAAAACGCCAGCCUGAUAGUCCAUAGACGGACCCAUACCGGAGAAAGGCCUCAUACCUGCAAAGUCUGCCUGAAAAGCUUCAUCAGCGGCUCCUACCUGGUGAUGCACCAGAGGGUCCACACCGGAGAGAGGCCGUAUGUCUGUAAUGACUGUGGAAAGAGGUUCAUCAGCAGCUCGAACCUCAUCAUCCACCAGCGGGUCCACACCGGCGAGAAGCCGUACCUCUGCACGGAAUGCGGCAAGUGUUUCGGCCACAGCUCCCAUUUGGUUAGGCACCAGAAGGUCCACACGGGAGAAAGGCCGUUCACUUGCGCCGAAUGCGGAAAGUCCUUCUCUCGAAGCUCGCACCUGGUCAGGCAUCAGACCAUUCACAUGAGAGGUCCGCCCAACCCAGCCGUGUGACCUUCUUCUAGGUUUCGGGAGAACUCGGGCCAACCGGUUUUUAGCACUUGACUGUAUUACUGAUGUACAACCCUUUUGAGAUUGUAUUGCCGUCCAAGCUGAAUAAGAUGGGAUGAUAGGUGGUUCUCAUCCAUUUGGGUUUUACUUUAACCCCUUGGGGACGAAGGGUUUUUCCAUUUUUGCACUUUCGUUUUUUUCCACUUUUUUUUUUGCAGUGUUAUAGCUCCCGAUCAGAAAGCGAGGAGGAAGGUAGGGGACCCUCCUGCUGUCAUACAGCUGUUCGGGAUGCGGCGUUUUUGCCGCAGGGAUCCCGAACAGCCCCCUGAGCUAACCGGCAUUAGUGCACUUUCACUUUAGACGCGGCGUUCAACUUUGAACGCCGCGUCUAAAGGGUUAAUAGCGCGCGGCAAUGCGAUCAGUGCCGCGCCCUAUUAGCCACGGGUCCCGGCCGUUGUUAGAGGUCAGGUCUGACCUGUUAUGAUGCGGGGCCACAGCAUGGCGGGGCCACAGUUAUAGAAAGGGAGUGGGCAGAGGGCGUACAGGUACGCCCUCCGUCCCCAACAAGUUAAAGGAGUUCCUCUGCUGGAAAACAUUUUUUUUUUUUAAAUCAACUGGUGCCAGAAAGUUAAACAGAUUUGUAAAAUUACUUCUAUUAAAAAAUC